GCACAGCUCACAUCGAGAGCUUUUCUGUUUGGCGUCGCCGUCAAUGAAACACCUCCCCGUCGAGCCGACGACGCCUAUAAGUACCUCGCCUGAUCGCAUCAUCACUCCCAAGUAGUACAACCUCUCGACCUCUCACCUAGCGCACAUCCAUGGCGCGCUUCCUCGUCGCCCUCCUCGCUGCCACCCUGGUCGCGGUUCAGGCUGGAGGGCAGCUGGGCCACGCAGCGCCGGCGACGGCGGAGGUGUUCUGGCGCGCCGUGCUGCCGCACUCGCCAUUGCCCGACGCCGUUCUCCGCCUCCUCAAACAACCUGCAGCAGAAGCCACCAGCUUCGUAAGAGACCCCGAGGACAGGCCCCCCUUCGACUACCGUGAUUACAGCCGCUCGUCGUCCGAUGAUGAACCAAGCAAGCGCACCGGCGCCGCCUCCGGAGCGGGGGGCUUCGACUACGACAACUACAGCGGCGCCGACGAACGCCGUGGCGCCACCGAUGAAUACAAGGCGCCGAGCAGCAGCCCCGCUGGAAGCGGGGCGUCCAUGGCUAGGGGCGGCAAGGCGGAGACGACGACGGUAUUCUUUCACGAGGAGGCGGUGCGCGUCGGCAAGAGGCUCCCAUUCCGCUUCCCCCCGGCGACUCCCGCCGCUCUCGGUUUCCUGCCGCGCCAGGUCGCCGACUCCGUCCCGUUCACGACGGCCGCGCUGCCAGGCGUCCUCGCGACGUUCGGCGUCGCGUCAGACUCCGCCACGGUGGCCAGCAUGGAGGCGACGCUGCGCGCCUGCGAGUCGCCGACCAUCGCCGGCGAGUCCAAGUUCUGCGCGACUUCGCUGGAGGCCCUGGUGGAGCGCGCCAUGGGAGUGCUGGGGACCCGCGACAUCAGGCCGGUGACGUCGACGCUGCCCCGCGCCGGCGCCCCGCUGCAGACGUACGCCGUCCGCUCCGUGCGGCCGGUGGAGGGGGGGCCUGUCUUCGUGGCGUGCCACGACGAGGCCUACCCGUACACCGUGUACCGGUGCCACACCACCGGCCCGUCCAGGGCGUACAUGGUGGACAUGGAGGGCGCUCGCGGCGGCGACGCGGUGACCAUCGCCACCGUGUGCCACACCGACACGUCCCUGUGGAACCCAGAGCACGUGUCCUUCAAGCUCCUUGGCACCAAGCCCGGCGGCACGCCGGUCUGCCACCUCAUGCCGUACGGGCACAUAAUCUGGGCCAAGAACGUGAAGCGCUCGACGGCGUGAGCGUCCCGGCCAGCUCUGUUGUCUCGCCGGAACCAAGAUCGAUGUACUACUGCUACUAUCUGCUCCUACCUACGUCUUCUGUUGUUCAUACCACCUGCUCUACUGCUGUAGCUCGACACUAGAUGAUCACCAGAGCAGUGUUUGUAAUAAAGGAACAGAACCUGCAGAGCUCUGUUUAUUCAAAUUUGAAAUUCGUAUUCAA